CCCGCUUUGCCUCGCGACACUCCCCUCAUGUCCGGUUCUGGUCCCAGCCCCAGUCAUUCAGGCGACCUCAGGACCGGUACGCCUACGGUCAUCGAGCGCGACGACGGCAGCGACUACAGCCACAACCCGGACAACGAGGAGAUACAUCAUGAACAGUACCCGGAACCCAACAAGGACGGCCAGUAUGAUCCGUUUCUGGUCCGUUUCGAAGAAGGCGAUCCCGAGAACCCCAAGAACUGGUCGUUUGCACGAAAUACAUACUUGACAAUCGCUGCCGGGGGCUUGGUUUUAAACGCGACGUUUGCGAGCUCCGCUCCGUCUGGAAUCGUACCGCAGCUAAUAGAGGAAUUUGGGUUCGGAGAAGAGGUCGCCACCCUUACUAUCUCACUCUUCGUUGCCGGAUACUGCAUAGGGCCCUUACUAUGGGGUCCGCUCUCUGAGCAAAUCGGCCGUAAACCGGUAUUCCUUGGGACAUUCAUCGUUUAUUUUGCCUUUCAGAUUGGAUGCGCCUUGGCUCAGACCACGGCGCAAAUCAUCAUAUUUCGUUUCCUUGGCGGCAUGUUUGCUGCAGCUCCACUCGCUAACAGCGGGGCUGUACUGGCAGAUAUAUGGGACAACAGGACGCGGGGUACGGCUAUGGCGAUCUUCACACUAGCUCCCUUUGCCGGUCCUGCAGUGGGACCUAUAGUCGGAGGCUACAUUGCCGUAUCCGGGACGUCAUGGCGUUGGGUGUUUUGGGUGCUGGCUAUAUACGCUGGAGUCACCACCAUCCAGAUUAUACUCACGAUUCCAGAGACAUACGCGCCCAUCAUCUUGGUUGGAAAAGCUAAGAGAAAGCGGAUACAGACGGGUGAUGAUCGGUACUAUGCUCCGAUGGAGAAGACGAAAGUGCCGCUCAAACGCCGUGCGGAGGAAGUGCUUGGCCGACCGUUCAAAGUCCUGUUCCGAGAACCCAUGUUGAUCGCCAUCACGCUGUACAUUUCCUUUAUUUACGGUUGUAUAUACCUCCUCUUCGAGGCAUAUCCCAUUGUCUUCACGCAAGGACAUCAUUUCAACGCUGGUGCAUCAGGACUGAUGUUCUUGCCCCUUCCGCUGGGUGGUGCUACCGCUGUCGUGAUGUAUAUCCUGUAUUGGAUGCCUAAAUACAACAAACAGGUCGACAAGUAUCAUCCGCAUCCUGUACCCCCAGAAGUUCGUCUUCACAUGGCGGUUGUGGGCGCCCCGGCGUUCGCAGUCGCUUUCUUUUGGUUCGGUUGGACCUCGUUUUCCAGCGUAAACUACUGGGCACCUAUGAUGUCUGGUCUCGUGCUGGGAUUUGGUAUCCAAUGGCUUUUCUUGCCGCUGUUCAAUUAUAUGGUGGACGCUUAUCUGUUCGUGGCCGCUUCCGCUUUAUCCGCGAAUACGGUUGUACGUAGUCUGUUCGGUGCAGGUUUCCCGCUAUUUGCGCGACAGAUGUACGUCACGCUGAACCCAAGAUGGGCGUCAACGCUGCUGGGAUGCAUCGCUGUUCUCCUCAUACCUAUCCCCUUCUUGCUAAUCAAGUUCGGCCCGAAGCUGCGCGAGAAAUCCAAAUAUGCGCCGACACAUCCUCCACGCCCGCCUGCGGAAAAGCAGAAGGAAUCCGCAUGAUUUGUCACCGAUGCACGCAACAGACCAAAGAUAUUCUACACGAAGGUACUGGCUGCAUCUAUCGUAAAUGUUUUGGGAACCGCGUAUAUACAACCAUAGCGCUAGUCAAUAAUUUUGUGUCACAGCCACCCGGAUGUUAUCUAAUCUCCACACUCUGCGAUCUCGCC